UCUCUCUCUCAGAACGUCUCAGUCUUUCUCACAUACACACACACACACACAAACUUACCAACACAAUCCAGAAGAGCCAGCAGCUGCAAAUAGUUGAAACUAAUUUCUGUUCUUCAAGUGCCGGAAUAGCCCUUAUUUUUGUCCACAAUAUUGUUCUUCUUUUCUCUCUUCUUUGUUUUGUUUACUGAUUAUUAUGUCACACUAAACCAUUUUAAAGGAAACUGCUGUUUGUUGAAGAACUGUUUGAAAUGAAGGAGAAAGGAUUUUACCUCUGAUAUCUCUCCAAGUUUACUCUUUGUUGGGUUUGAUCAGCUGAUCUGCAUGAACAUAACUGCUCUUCUCUCUCUAUAAACAGAUAAGCUGGUACAUCUGCUAAGUUACCAUACCAGCAUUGUUACUGUUUUUUUAACAAAUGGAAUAGGGAAAUUUCCAAAGGAUUUAAACACAAGAAGCUGCUACCUUAGAAUAAAAAACAAAAGGCACUCUGAAGGUCCAGGAGUUAGGAUGCUAAUAUGAUUUCCGACAUUCUGCGUAUUGCUCUACUUUUACUCUGUGUUCAUCUGGCAGCCCAUGUAGCAGAGAGGCCACUUACUCGUGAACGUUUCAAGGUGGUCUUUGCCCCACAAUUCUGCAAACGUACCUGCAUAAAGGGCCAGUGUAGGGAUACAUGUGAGCAGGGGAGCAACAUGACCCUGAUUGGGGAAAAUGGGCAUGCUACAGACACCCUAACUGGCUCAGGAUUUCGUGUUGUCGUCUGUCCACUUCCUUGCAUGAAUGGGGGGCAGUGCACUUCCCGUAACCACUGUUUGUGCCCACCUGAAUUCACUGGACGUUUCUGCCACAUUCCUGUGAGCCAUAAAGGGCAUGCCCAGAAGCCAGCCCAGAAUGGAGGGAUAAGUGCGGACCAAGUGUCCAGUAAGCAUGCUAUCUACACAGUCCAAGUCGAUGCACAGAAUCCUGGGGAUACUAAUUCUGGAAAAGCCUCCGGGUCAAGAAUCACCCAUUCCUCAUUUCCUGUGCCAUUGGGUACAGGUCAACAUUCUUCUGAGAUACAGCCGCAGCACCCCAUAGUCAAUGUCCGAGUUCAUCAUCCCCCAGAUGCAUCCGUAGAGAUACAUAGAAUCAACAGCCACAUGACAGAUGGGAAUAACCAAGGAAACCAACAAAUGAUAUACCUGCCUCCUGGACCGAAGCUUCCUUUCUAUCAACAACGUAUCCCCCAAACUCAGAAGCCACUUGGCCGUUGCUUCCAGGAGACUCUUCCCAAGCAAUCGUGCAGCAGCAAUCCAUUGCCAGGCCUUACAAAGCAGGAAGACUGCUGUGGCAGUGUGGGAACCUCCUGGGGACAAAAUAAGUGCCACAAGUGCCCCCACCUACAGUAUACUGGUGUACAGAAGAGUGGACCAGUCAGAAUAGAGCAUGGAGCUGAUUGUCCACAGGGAUACAAACCUUUGAACAGCACACACUGCCAGGAUAUCAAUGAAUGCAUGAUGCCAGGCGUCUGCGAAAAUGGAGAAUGCCGUAAUGUCCAUGGAAGCUUCCACUGUUCUUGCAAAUAUGGCUAUGUAAUGGGACCUUCACGGACACAAUGCAUUGCUGACAAAGCAGAAGAAAAGGGUCUGUGCUACCGGUUUGUCAAUGAGAAACAGCAAUGUGAACACCCGCUCCCAACCAACUUGACCAAACAGCUGUGUUGCUGCAGUGUUGGCAAGGCAUGGGGCUCUCACUGUGAGAGGUGUCCUGCUGAAAAGACAGCUGCAUUUAAGGAGAUCUGUCCAGCUGGGAGGGGUUACUAUUAUCAAUUUCCCAAUGUCCGGCAGAAGAUAACAAUCUUCACAGAAGGUGAUGUCACUGUGGAAGUUCGUCCAGAUGGUUUAUUCUUACCUGUGCCAAAUGGAUUACCAAGUGAGUCACUGCCAGAGGAACCAUCAGCUCUAACCCCAAAGUUGCCAGCCCAUAGACAAGAUGAAGUAGUCGCUGUUACACAGUUUUCCUCCAGUGUCACAACCAUUGGAGUCCGGUUCCCAGAAAUACUCACCAAGCCAACAAUUUCUCCUGUGAUAAAGCUCCUUCCUGAUGAAGAUAAAGAGGACACCAUUGUAAGUGCGGUUGCCAUUCUCAAUCACACAGAGACGGAUGCAUGUAAACAGAGCCGGAACAUCUGUGGUCAGGGUGAAUGCAUUAACGGAAUAAAUGGAUAUUCUUGUAAUUGUUAUGCUGGGUACCAAUUUCACCCAGGAAGAAAAAUCUGCUUAGAUGAAAACGAAUGCUUGAAGCCUGGAGUUUGUGGGGAGGGUGGACGUUGCAUUAACUAUGUUGGACAUUACAAAUGUGACUGCAAUCCUGGUUUCCGAAUGAAAUCCGGCCGACCUCCUGUCUGUGCAGAUAUCGAUGAAUGCCUAGAUCCAAACAGAUGCUCCAGAGGGAGGUGUGAGAACAGACCUGGAUCAUACAAAUGCACAUUCUGCCAAGUGGGCUACAAGGGCAAGGGUAAAGAAUGUCAUGAUAUUAAUGAAUGUGCAGAAAGACUGGUCUGUGAAAAUGGCAGGUGUGAGAAUCUGCCUGGAUCAUACCGCUGUGUCUGCAAUGUUGGGUACACUGCUGCUGCUGAUGAGAAGAGCUGUGAGGAUAUUAAUGAAUGCAGGGAUGUCGACCUGUGCACCAAUGGGCGCUGCAUAAACACAGCUGGUUCAUUCAUGUGCCAUUGCCCACCAGGAUAUCACCUCUCAAGUGAUGGAAAGAGUUGUAAAGAUAUCGAUGAGUGUGCUUCUCCUUCAGCAUGUGUAGGUGGAAACUGCAUCAACACAGUUGGCUUCUACAUCUGUGCUUGCUCAGAAGGAUACCAACUCAUCAAUGGUCAGACAUGUCAAGAUAUAGAUGAAUGUGCAUUGGACCCGAGUCUUUGCUACCCAUAUGGCACCUGUAAGAACAUCGAAGGCUCCUUCACAUGUUCCUGCUAUGAUGGCUAUGUUCUCUCUAGUGAUGGACGCAAAUGUGAAGAGCUAUAUCUUCCAAAUGGGAAGAAGGAGUGCUACCUUAACUUCGACGACACAGUGUUUUGUGACAGUGUUCUUGCUACAAAUAUCACAAAGGAGGAGUGCUGCUGUUCACUAGGAGCUGGUUGGGGUGACCAUUGUGAAAUCUACCCUUGUCCUGUCAUUAACUCAGCUGAGUUCUUAAUGUUAUGUCCAGAUGGGAAAGGAUUCAUUAUGGAAGAAAAAUUAUUUGAUCCUGGACUACCAAUGCAGAGAGAUAUAGAUGAAUGUGUUCUAUUUGGGAAUGAAAUCUGUAAGGAAGGCAAAUGCGUAAACACCCAACCUGGCUACGAAUGCUACUGCAAGCAAGGAUUCUACUAUGAUAGCAACUUACUACAGUGUGUUGAUGUUGAUGAGUGCCAGGAUAUAUCAAACUGUGUGAAUGGCCACUGUAUUAACUUGAGAGGUUCUUACCAAUGUGACUGCCCUCCUCCGAUGAUCUAUGAGGCUGCAAAGAGGCAAUGUGUGCCACCAAAUAAAAUUGCUGCUGACAGUUGCUGGAGGAGGAUUGGAAUAGAUGGUAAAUGCGGUGAUCCUAUGGAAGCAUAUUUAAUGACUUAUGCUGAAUGCUGCUGUCGUAAUGGAAUGGCCUGGGGGCGCAGCUGUCAAAAAUGUCCAGCCAAAAACUCAGAUGCCUUUGUUCAGAUGUGUAAAUAUUUUCACGUGGAUGCACACUCUUUUGGAGAAACUGGUUCCUUCUCCUUAGGACGAUACCAUAAAAGAGAAGACAGCUCCGAAGAGGAAUCAGAAGAAUGUGUAUGUAGGAGCGGGAGCUGUGUGAGAACUAACAAAGGACUCACAUGUGAAUGCCCUCUUGGAUUCCAACUUGACCAAAGCAAGACUGCAUGCAAUGAUAUAGAUGAGUGCAAGAUACCGAGAUGUAAAAAUAGUCAGUGCAUCAACACAAAGGGAUCCUAUUAUUGCCGCUGUAAACCUGGAUUUGUGUACAGAAAGAAGUCCGAUUUGUGUAUCCGACAAUAUCAAAGAUAAGAGUGAAACACAAGACAGUACUUAGAAAACAUUAAAAAACUGAACUGACGUUUUGAAGAUAAUCAAGUUAUUAGCAUAUGGAAAAGAAGAGAAGGACUGAGAAGCAGAUGUUAAUACAGUUCGUAGAUUCUGUCAUGGGACAUUGUUUUUAUCCCAUUUUUUACCAUUGAUAAAUGCACUUUUUGCUCCUUCUACAAAACAUCCUGUUAAAAAAAAAUCUUUUUUUGUAAAUCUGUGAAAUGGUCUUUAGUGUUGAAAAGUAUUAGGCUUGCUAAAGUUUAUAAAGCAAGGGCAUUUUUGUGACUAGCAGCAUUCCAAAGAUAACGUAUGUGCCUUGCAAAUGGAAGUAUUUUCAAAGAGAAAUAGUCAGUUAAUAACCCCUUUGUUAAAAGAUGCCCACGAAGCAGGAUCCCUAUUCGUAGAUCCUUUUUAUUUGCUAUAUGUUGAACUUUUAAACAGGCUCUUCUCACGUAAGUAGCUUUUUGGUUAUGUCAUACUCUAUGUACACAUAAAAAACAAAUUGUUGGAAAAGGAGAGGGCCUCUUCAGUAUAGGCUAUGCUGGGUCAAAGAUCAAAGCAGAGAGCAAUCCACAGAUAAGUCCUUGGCUGCUGCAGGAGUUGAUCUUUAUAUGGGUAUACGUCUAAAACAUUGUGUGAAGGCAAUCAAGUUCUUUAUCAAGAAGCCCACAGAGUAAAAUGGAAAUGUGGCCAGACAAGGCUGUAAAUAAAUUUGCAAGUGUGUCAAUGAAGCUAAAGAGACUGGGACUAACUGAAAUGGGCUGAUUAUUUCAUGAGUGCAAAAUAUUGGGCAUGAAGGUAUUUGUUUAAUUACAGAUCACUUCUUCAAGUCUCUGAUUGCACCUGUCUGAUGGAAGAGGCCUCCAGUGAAAGAAUUGUAACCUGUCCCAAGGUUUUGUGACCUCAGAAGUAGUUAUUAGUCAAAGGGGUGCCCUCCUGUUGAAUAAUUUUUAUCAGAAGCUCAUUUGGAUAGCUGGAUAUGAUUGAAUGUUAUUUUCAUCAUUUAUUUGCAAUAUAUUUUAUACUAUAUCUGAUACAAAUCUGCUACCAAGAAAUAAAUCUUGUGAUGUUAAGUUAAUUAACUGAAAUGUGUACUGCACUUCUAGUACAAAAGCAGCAACACAGCUGACAUGCCUUACUAAGAUUUUCCAUUUGACUUUUCAAAAACACAAUCUUUGUAGAAGGGAUUGCAUUUCUUCUUUAUCUUACCAAUUGCAUUGUACCCAUAAGAUGAUCCUGGAGAAAAGCAAGUGGUAUGUCUGCUCCCCACCCUUGUAAUGAAGAAUGUUGUACCACAGUUGUGAGCUAGAACGAGUGUCCUGCUGAAAUGAAAAGACGAUAAUGAUGUGUUUAGUACUCCUGCAGUUAGUGUCAAUAUGGAAGAAGUCUGCAUCCUUUCUGGAACAUCAUCAUGAGUCUUUGAUAUAUUCAGCAGAGCUAGUGCCACGGUGGCCUUCUUUCUGCCAAUUUUCUGUGCUCAUUUAUAUUUGUAUUCAUUUAGUCACUGCAGUAAACAUCAGUUGGUGAUGCUGACACCUUACCAGUGAAGACAUCGCCUCCUGGUUGAACGACACCUAAGCAGGAAACUAUGACAUAGAUAAGAUUUCUUAGUUAUGCUCUGUCAUUCUGGGCAGGAUACUUGUUUCAUUCCACAUUUGAUCUCUGGCAGCUCUCUUGUAUUUUCUAGUAUGGUGUUUUUUUUUCAGAUACUAAUAGUAAGAAUGCUUGUAGAUAUAGGUGGCAGGCCAAACUUCUGAUAUGAGCUGUAGUCAUGGCUGGACCAAAGACAUAAUUCAAAAUAUAGCUCCAGACCAACCACCACCUGAUUGAAAAGAUGUACUGUGUGCUUCAUCAUCUUAGGUCACAUAGUAACAGUUUUACAGAUCAUACAGGGCUGGGGUGUCUUAAUCAGUGCUAUAACAGUGCCAUCCAUCUUGGAUUAAUGCCUAGUCAGGUAAGCAUUGCAACGGCAGGUACCAAAUAAAUGGGUGAGAGAACCUUGAUGAAUCAACACUAAACCAAAAAAAAUAAUGGAGAUAUUGCUUUGUUUUUUUUUUUGUUUUUUUUUUACUCAAUGGAAGUUCUGAUGAAGUACUUGUUAAGUUAUGGAUGAAAGCACUUAACUUCUGCACAUUGGAUAUUAUUAAAAAGUUUCAUUUUCACUUAA